AAACGAAACGUCAAAACCGUUCGCGUACUGACGGUCGAAAAUCGGCAAUCGCGAACGCCGAUCAACUAAAAUAAAUGAAAUUAGAAAUAAAUUAAAAAACAAAUAGUGUCAAUUACAAAUACAUAUUGUUAAUUAGUUGUUAUGAAGAUGGUGAGGCAUAGAAAAGUAGUUUCGCUUAAGACAGAUAAGGACGCAAGUAGCAGUUCUGGUUGUAGCGAAUCCUCCAUUGGUAGUAAAACAUUUAAAUUCCUUUCUGUGUGGAAAACCGGCGUUGGAUGUGUUUGUUUUCUUAUUGCUGUGUACAUCAGCACUUUAGGCUACCUAGAAACACGAGUCAAUACGCCAUUCGACGAUGAUAAGGUUGUGAAAGAUACCGGGCUACAAGUGGCAGACCGCUACUGGGGGACGUACAGGCCAGGGGUCUACCUUGGUCUGAAGAGCAGGGAGCCACGGUCUCCUGUCUUCGGUAUUAUGUGGUAUGAACUAGCCGCAGCCACGCAUAAGGGGAUUCGCCACUGGUGCGAUCAAAAUGAUAACUUAGAUACUUACGGUUGGCUCCGACACGAUGGGGUCUCGUUUGGGGAGCAAUUGAUAGUUGAUAAACCCCAUAAUAUCACCACAUCCUUCAUUAAGAUCCCGGGCGGAGAGCACGGGGGUCAUUGGACAGCUAGAAUUAAUGUUACCACUAAGGGUCAUGCAAAAGUACCAUUCGUGUUGGUUUGGUACGCAGCGCUAGACGAGUCCUUGGGCCCUGCCGCCCCCCAUUCGAGGCUGUGGUACGAAGAUGGCUCCAUUUUAGGCCAUACACCACAGCUGCACAACUUCAGAAUAAACCUGAUUCCUCAACAAGGUAAACUCCUCCAUACUUCAUACUCUGAGGCGAAUGCACCAGGGCUUCAUCUUCUUAAGGAGAAGCUUUAUUCCCUACUCAAGAUUGAAAGGCAUUCCCUCUUCGGUAAACUGGCUGUGUUAGGAGCUGAUGAUGAACUGCAUAUCAAGGAAAAAGACAUCAAUUUCGUUCCAAUACAGAUGCUUGUAGAGACGCCAUUUUGCGUAGAUAUUGUGUAUACCACAGAAGACCUUUCAACCCCACCUCUCAAGGGGGAGAAAUACGCUAAGGUUCUAGAAGAGAAGAAAAAUGUAUUCGAUUCAGAAUUUGAAUCGAAAUUCAAACUUGAUGAAAAAGGUUACCCGCCAGAGGACGUGGCGAUAGCCAGAGCAGCGCUCGCCAAUAUGGUCGGUGGGAUUGGAUAUUUCUUCGGAGCUGGUCGAGUCCAAUCUCAAUAUACCAGGGAACCAGUGCCUUAUUGGAGGGCGCCGUUGUACACUGGAGUACCUAGCAGGUCUUUCUUCCCUCGUGGUUUCCUCUGGGACGAAGGUUUCCACGGUCUCCUGAUUGGGCGCUGGUCUCCGGACAUACAGAUGGACAUCGCUGCCCACUGGAUGGACCUCAUCAACGUUGAAGGAUGGAUUCCUAGAGAACAAAUUUUGGGAGCGGAGGCGUUAGCAAGAGUACCCAAAGAAUUCGUAGUACAAAGCAACGCGGCCGCCAACCCACCAAUGUUGUUGAUCCAGCUCGCCCACUUCGUCAAGAUACGACCGGAGCUCUUCGUGACUGGUUCUAAACAUCGAGCGACGUUGGACAGAAUGUUCAGUCGGUUACAGGCCUGGUACCAAUGGUUCCAGACGACCCAAAAGGGAGACGAGCCCACCUCCUACAGAUGGAGAGGUCGUGAAGAUGAUGGGCUGCAGCUUAACCCCAAAACAUUAACUUCUGGACUUGAUGACUAUCCCAGGGCUUCUCAUCCAUCGGACAUAGAGCGCCACGUGGACCUUCGAUGCUGGAUGUACGCCGCCGCAGACGCUAUGAUGACCAUCGCCGACUUACUGCAGCGGGACUCCAGCAAGUAUGAAGCCACAAAAGACCAGCUAGGCGAUGAAGACCUACUCAAUGAGCUCCACUGGUCUACCCACACACAAACAUACGCAGACUAUGGUCUUCACACCGACGGAGUGAAAUUGGUUCGUCAACAACCGAAGAAUCCGUCGGAGCAAGCGAAGGUCGUGAGGAGUGUCACCGUCCCUCCACAACCCAGACUGGUGACGUCGGCAUUUGGUUAUGUUUCCCUAUUCCCAAUGCUGAUGAAGGUCCUAAAGCCGGACAGUGACAAAUUAGGCAAAAUCCUUGAAGAUUUGGACAAACCUGAACUCCUGUGGUCACCUUAUGGAUUAAGGUCCCUAUCAAAAUCCGCCCCUCUAUACAUGAAGAGGAACACAGAACACGAUCCGCCAUACUGGCGGGGCCAGAUUUGGGUCCCAAUAAAUUAUCUGGCCCUGUCCUCCCUGAAGCACUACUCUAACGCCGGGGGCCCGCACGCUGCGAGGGCUGCCGAACUAAAUAGGAGAUUAAGAGAUAAUGUUGUUCGUAAUAUUUUAAAUCAAUAUAAGAAAACAGGAUAUUUGUUCGAGCAGUAUUCAGCGGAAGACGGCAAGGGAUCAGGAUGCAAGCCCUUCAAUGGCUGGACAGCUCUGGUCGUCCUUAUAAUGGCAGAUGAGUACUAAAACAUUCAUAUAAACAAUAAAGGACAGGGCCCCAUUAAGGUUGUUGUUGGGCUCCUGGAGACUUACAUAGGGGCCCGACGAUUCACAAUUAAUUUAUGACUGAUUUUCGAAGUUUGCAAUGUAUAUAUGUAUUGAAAAGUUUUUUUUAUUUUACACAAAUUAAUUACAUUUCAUUUCAAUUUAUGGGCCCCUCUUAGUUUGUGCAGGGGCCCGACAAUUCACAAUUAAUUUUCGACUGUUUUAGAGGUUGGCAAUGUGUAUAUGUAUUGAAAAGUUUAUUUACAGAAUUUUUUAUUUACACUUAUUGAUCAUAUUUCAUUUCAAUGUAAAGGCCCCUCUAAACUUAUAUAAGGGCCCGACGGUUCACAAAUAAUUUACGACUGUUUUUAGAGGUUGUCAAUGUGUAAAUGUAUUGAAAAGUUUUUUAUUUACACAAAUAUUAAUUUAUAUUUAAUUUCUUUUCUUUUUAAUGUAAUUCAUAUGUAAAAAUCAGCAAGGGAAAGUUUUUAAAUUGAGAUGUUAUUAUCAGAUAAAAAUUAUUCGUUUCGAAUUUAAAUAUUUAGGUCUUUUUUCAUUGUUUUUAUAGCUAAUUUAUGUAAAAUACCUUUUGAAAUGACUUGAUAAACGAUGUCCAGUAUUAUCGUGCAAAAUUAACACAAAAAUGUUCCGUAAUUUCGAGUCACUUCGACAAUGGGGGUAACUUUGAUCCAAACCAAUGAAAAACGAAUAUACGUUUGGUUCUGGUUUACUAUUGGUUAAGGACUUUGGAUCAAAGUUACUCCCUAGGAUCAAAGUAACCCGAAAUUACGGUUUUCAAAAUGUUUAAUACUAUAGUUGAAUUGGACUAGUUAGAACAAAAAUUCUAGUACUAAAUUAGUUUUUUAAAAUUAUAGAAAAACGGUACUGGUUCGGCUAGAGGCUG